UUCUCGCAGCCACCGCCGCAGAUCUCUCUCUCUCUCUCUCUCUCUCUCUACAUACCAAGAUCGCCAUGGUGGUCCCUCUAGGCCCCGGCAAGUUCUACGGCAGCAGCCUCCCGCGGCCGCGCUUCCACAAGGACGGCGCCGACCGGGUCUGCCCGCCCGUCCCCGUCCUCGACCCGCUCCUCUCCUGGGCCAACGAGGCUCACUGGUCGAUGGGCGGCCUCAGCUUCCAGCGCCUCCGCCUCCAGGGCCGCAUCGAGGGCAGCAUCCAGAAGCUCCGCGCCGAGCGGGAGAGGUCGGUCCGGGCCAUGGCCAAGAUCUCCAAGGCCAAAUCCAAGGCUUCAGAUCUCAAACCCUCGAAACCCCCGGUCGACGACGGCGGCAGGAAGAGGGCCGGUUCCGUCUCCCCGCCUCCGGCGCCUGUGGCGGCGAAGAGGAGGAGGUACGUGGCUUUGGUCGACGACAGCGAGGAAGAAGACGAGGAAGACGAGGCGGAGCGGAAGGGGGAGGAGAGCGAAGUUCGCGAGGAGAAGAAGAGGCCCGCGAGGAAGCUCUACGAGGAGUUCGAUCGGGUGGCCAAGGAGAGCGAGAAGGCUAAGGGUAAGGGUUCCGAUGCCGCUUCGCCGAGGACGCCGAGGACGCGGGCGAAGAGAGGCGGAGGCGGCAUCGGUGAUGAGGUGAUGAGGGUGGUUGAGGACGUGAACAGAGAGGUCGUGGAGGAGGGCAUUGGCAAGAAGAAAAAGAUGCAGAAGAAGAGCGGCGGCGAGGGCGUGAAGAGGGUUUCUCCGAGAUCGGCGAAGGGCGUGGAGACUAGUCCCGGCGGCGCGACUGCGAUCAGAACUUCUCCGAGAUUGGCCAAACGUGGAUAGAUUAUGUGAAUUUGUGCUCGUGUGAUUUGAUCUGUCUUUGCUGAUGUUUGAGCCCGGUGUAAUAGGAUUUCUCUUAUGUUUCUUGUUUUUCCCCUAUUUUGGGUUUCUUAGUUUCUUGUUUUCAUUUUUUUUUCCCCGUUUUAGGUUUUUAAGCAGCUUGAUGACUAACCCAUCUAAAUAAAAGACUGUGGAAACAAGUUUCUUUGUGGAUGC